AUGCGCAGUUUGGUUGACGAUCCGGGCACCAAGCUGGAUGACAGUGACUUUCUGGACUUUGAGGUAGCCUUUUCUUCGGCAGUGGAGGGCGACACCUUGAAGCUCAAGGUGUUCUACGAGUUCCUGGCCGAUGUUCUGAAGCAUGGGUCCAAGGAGCUCUUGGAGCAAGUUUGGGCCGGCCUCCCGCUUCGCUUCGCGCCGGUCUCGAACUCUGAGCUCGAAGUUGUCCUGGACACUGCCGCCUUGGCGCAGAACGAGGAGCUGGUGACUUGA